UGGGUUCGGUUUAACCACCUAACAACCACCCACUUUCCCUUUCAUUUUAAUUUUCCAUUUUCCUUUUUCUUAUUUUUGCAUUUCCAUAAUUAAAUCGUGAUUAACCCCUUUAAUUCGUAAAAAAGGAAACUAAUCCCGUAUUAUACCUCCAUUAAAGGCAAACGAAUAUAAAACUAUAAAUUUUCUUCUCUCUCCUCUUUUCCGGUUUCCUAAGCUUUUUCCCUUCUUCCCUCCUAUUCAUUCAUUCAUUCCCACUCUUUUUUUUCUCUCCUCUUUUCCUAUCUUCUCUCCCUUUUUCUCUCUCCUCCACCGGUUAACUCCCGUUUCCCGGUUUCCGGCCAUUUUUUCUCACCGGAAUUUUUUUCCGGUGAUCAUUCUCUCUUCUCUUCGUAAUCUUCUCCACUUUUUUUUUCUUCUCUAUUCUUAAUUUUUUUUACAAAAAAGGAAAUUAUAAAGUUUCGGAUCUUCGUGAAAUUUGCAUGAAUUUCUUGAGUUUUAUGGUGGUUGAGUAGAAUGUGGGUGACGAUGAAGGCUCUGUUUUAGAGGAAUGUGGAGAUCGUGAUCUAGGGUUUGGUGUAAUUUCGCUUUUCUUCUUUAUUUUUUAUUUUCCUUUAAAAUUCAAUUUGUUUUCCGGUGGAGAAGAAGACGGAGAUUAACGGCGGAAAACCGCGGAAUGAGAUGGUGGAAGGGCGGGUCUGUUUGUCGAAAGAGACUAAAAGUAGCUGUUUAGAGAUGCUGAAGCAGAAAAGGCUUCAGCGAAUCAAGUCAGAAACAGGAAACGGGGGUACCAAGGUUGCUAAUAUGAUUGCUAGAAGUGGAGGUGAUGCAUUGAGAUCUUCAGCAUCAUGUGGCACUAGAAUACAUGGUGGUGCAGAUUUGUUUAAUUGCUCCGGUGCUGCUUCAAAUGGAAAGAAGUUUUUUCCAAAGCGCAAGGUGGAGAAGUUUAACAUGUCCGAUUUAGAUUGGAUUGAUAAAAUCCCAGAGUGUCCUGUGUAUCGUCCAACAAAGGAAGAAUUUGAGGAUCCUUUGGUUUAUCUAGAAAGAAUAGCACCAGAAGCAUCUAAAUAUGGUAUUUGCAAGAUAGUUUCUCCAAUAAAUGCUUCUGUGCCUGCUGGGGUUGUAUUGACAAAGGAGAAAGCGGGUUUUAAGUUUACUACAAGGGUACAACCACUUCGUCUUGCUGAAUGGGACACUGAUGACAAGGUUACCUUUUUCAUGAGUGGAAGAAAUUAUGCAUUUCGUGAUUUUGAGAAAAUGGCGAACAAGGAAUAUUUACGGCGAUAUGGUAGCACUGGAUGUCUUCCCGCUUCGUACUUGGAAAAAGAAUUUUGGCAUGAAAUAGCUUGUGGGAAGAUGGAAACGGUUGAGUAUGCAUGUGAUGUUGAUGGAAGUGCCUUUUCAUCCUCCCCCAGUGAUGAACUUGGAAAAAGCAAAUGGAAUUUGAAGAAACUCUCUCGGCUUUCCAAAUCAGUUUUGCGGCUUCUAGAAGCAGCUAUUCCGGGAGUGACUGAUCCUAUGCUUUACAUAGGCAUGCUUUUUAGUAUGUUUGCCUGGCAUGUUGAAGAUCAUUAUCUGUACAGUAUUAACUAUCAACAUUGUGGGGCUCCUAAAACUUGGUAUGGGAUACCUGGCAGUGCGGCUUUGCAGUUUGAGAAGGUUGUGCGAGAACAUGUAUACAAUGAAGAUAUUUUGUCAACUGAUGGAGAAGAUGGAGCAUUUGAUGUACUGUUGGGAAAAACAACUCUAUUUCCUCCGAGCGUUCUGUUAGAGCAUGAUGUCCCUGUUUAUAGGGCUGUGCAAAAGCCUGGGGAAUUUGUAAUCACAUUUCCUAGGGCAUAUCAUGCUGGGUUUAGCCAUGGUUUUAAUUGUGGUGAAGCCGUAAACUUUGCAAUUGGAGACUGGUUUCCUUUAGGAGCGGUGGCAAGUCGACGUUAUGCGUUUCUCAAUAGGGUUCCUCUAUUACCCUAUGAAGAGCUUCUCUGCAAGGAAGCAAUGAUUUUGUAUACUAGUCCUAAUCCUGAAGAUCUCAAUUGUGCAGCUUACCAUUUGAGCUCUCAAAUUUCCAUCAAGGCUUCAUUUGUACAACUUAUGAGAUUCCAGCAUCGUGCUCGAUGGUGUCUAAUAAGAUCAAAACUUUGCUCAGCUGUUUCUAUGGAUGCUUAUGCCACAGUUUUAUGCUGUCAGUGCAAACGUGACUGUUAUGCCGCUUUUGUUGGUUGCAGCUGUUUGUCACAUUUUGCGUGUCUUCGCCAUGAUAUGAGUUCGUUCGUUUUCCCUUGCGGUGGUGGUUGUACACUACUUAUAAGGAAAGAUCUUCCUGAACUGGAAAAUGCAGCCAAGAAGUUUGAGCAGGAUGAGGGUUUACUGGAAGAGCUUCAACAGGCUUCGGGAAAUGAUGAUUUGCUUUUGCUGUCAACCAUGUUUCCUGCUGAAAAGGAUGGAUAUUUCCCAUUCUGUGAUAUUACUAAUGAGGUGCAUCCAAAUGAUGAUUCCGUAAAUGAUUCAUCACAAAUAGAUUUUAACUUUGAAGGCGGUCCAAUUUCAAAUAGUAAAGAAGUUGUUGCCAACUCGUCAGAAACUCCGCUUUCUUGUGCUGCGUCUACCCUCUGCUCUUUCCGGGAUAAUGAUUUUACUCACUCUAACAAUGUACAGGACUGUAUAGAUUCAAAUUUAAUUGAUUGCAUUGACGAUACAUCUCACCAUUCAUGUCAGACUUCUUUAUCGAAUUUGUCAAACAAUGCUGAUCACUGCAGUGAUGAUUCUGAUUCAGAGAUAUUCAGGGUUAAACGGAGAUCUACUUUGAAGGCCGGGAGGAAGAGUGUUAUUGGCGAGGGCAAUUCGGAUUAUGCAAAACAUCAGGGGCUUAAAAGGUUGAAGAAGUUUCAGCCGGAAGGAAGAGUUGAGGAGAUAGAUCCCGGUAAUUACUGUGAGUUUAAUAGGAAAAGUGAUAUUCACUCAAAGGAUGGCAAGGUCAUUGUUAUGAGGGAUGGUCCUCAUAAAGGAUCUAUAGUUCCCAUUUCUAUCAAAGUAAAAAGGACGCCUGGUGAUGGACCAAGUAUCAGACACAGAGAUCAUCCCUCGAGUGGCAGAUUCCAACAGAACAUUGGAAAGAUAACAAGAGAACCGCAUCCCUUAGAUAUAGGUCCAAAGCGUCUUAAAGUGAAAGGCCCUUCAUUUCUUGGGUCAGAGAGCAGGUUAGAUUGAGUAAUUAUUAAACAUAAAAAAAGACAACAAUUUAGCUGGUCCACUCUCCGGGCAACCACCAGGAGGGGUCUGACUUUGCUAACUCUGAUUUUUCUUUUAACGCGGGGGUCCUAACUACAUUGAAAAGUACUACAGAAAAUUGAUUUUUGGAAGCAGCAGAGGAAUUUAACCAUGGCUAGAAGAUUUGAAAUUCUUUUGUGCAGGCCUUAAAUUGGGGCGUGUCGCACCAGUUAUUCUUGGGGGUUCUUAAGCUGGAGUGUUUUUCUGUCUUUGGCGGGAGAACCUUUCUUCAUCUGGGGGAACAUAGAAAGUGGUGUACUGUACAUCUUUUUUAUUUUUUCCAACCUUUUUUAACCAAUUCUUGUGAAGACAAUGGGCUAUUUCCAGAAUCUUCAUGUUUUUAGGGUUUUUCUUUUUUUUCUUCGUUAACAUUAGUCUGCUGCUUCCCUUAAGGUAGGGUUCUUUAAAUUCUUUUUGUAGUUACAGCUGAUUAAACGUUGUAAUCUUCUGACUACAUUAAUAAAAUUCUAUAGAAAAGCUCUCCUUUUCCUGUUA